AUGAGUGAUAAACCUACUGACCAAGCAUUGUUUGAAUAUUAUUAUGCUUAUGAAUUUAAUGAUAUACAGGAAAAUUACAGAGGAUUUUGGGUUACAAUUUAUAUGACUCUUGUAAAUCUUACACAGUAUAUUGGAGUUUUAAACUACAUUAUUGCCAUUGUUGGGCUCAUUGCAAAUACUCUUCAUAUAGUGAUACUCUGUCAAAAAAUUAUGCGAAAAACUUCAAUAAAUCCUUUUCUGAUUGGUAUUGGUGUUUGUGAUCUGUUGAGGACGGCAAGCUUUGUUUUUAAUGUGUCACUUGAGUAUUAUGCAGAAAUACGAAAAAUGCGCACUCCGGUUCGUUGUUUAUCUCCAACAACUUACCUAGAAUUAUUAUUGGGAAACAUUUUCUUUUCAAUUUCAACUAGUUCGCAGUAUCUCUCAGUCUGGUUUGGAGUCACGAUGGCAAUUUUUCGGGUAUUUGUUGUCAAAUAUCCACUGAAAGCGAGAGAAAAAAAUCUAUCAGCUAUUGGAAAAACCAUAGUACUUGUUUUAGCCCCUACUAUUCUCCCAUUUUGGUACUUGGACUAUGCACAAACUAAAAUUCGAAAGAAUUUCAAAUGGGUCCCACCCAAGGAUUGUGAUGGAUUUCCGCCUAAUUACAGCCAGCUUUGGUAUUCAACUGAAUUGACCGAAUUAUCUGGAAAAGCUGGAAUUGUGACAACUAAAAUUAUGUUUUUGGUGGAAGGAAUAUUUUUCAAAAUAAUUCCAUCGAUUCUACUUCCAAUUGCAACUAUUGUUUUGGUCGUUGAAUUGAGAAAACUGAGAAAAUCGAGUUCACGGAAAAUUGAUGAAAACUAUAAGUCUACUCAAUUGGUUUCAAUUAUGACUAUCGCAUUUUUCAUUGCAACAGCUUUUCAUGGAGUUUUGUAUAUUGGAAAGUAUAUUGUCUUCAUGUCAGCUGGACUUUCAUUUAUUAUUGAAAAGCUGUCAAUGUUCUUCACUCUCCUAUCAAUUCUCAACGGAACUUCACACUUUCUGAUGUGCUACUUUUUUUCCUCACAAUACAAAAGAGCAACUCGAGAAUUGUUUUCUUGUAGAAAAAAUGCGAUUCCCGCUGUAACUCGUAGUUCUCGAAUUCAGACUCAGAUAUGA